CGCAGAGAGUGGCCGUGGUGACGGACGCUGACGGCAACCCCGUCACCGACGAGUCGGGCCGACCCGUGACCCAGGUCGUGACCCCUGCCCCCGCGGUGACCCCCCGGCCCGACCUCCCCACCCCCGAGCCCGGCCUCACCCCCAGCCCGGACCUGGCCGCCCUGCUGAAGAGACUGGACGAUCUGGAGAAGAAACUGACCACACAGGCGGAGGACCUACAGAAAGAACUUCAGGAGGAGGUGGAGAAUCGGCAGAAGCUGGAGGACAAGCUGACUGAGCAGAAGGGCGAGCUGGGCCGUCUGACGGAGGAGAACAUCCAGCUCCGGGGGGUGGUCUCCAACCAGUCUGCGGAGAUCUCACGACUCCAGCUCAAACAGAACAAGAUAGACACCAAGGACGGGCCCGAAGUGAUGCCGACCUGUGCGGACUGGAAGAGAGCCGGGUUUAAGAGAAGCGGGAACUACACCCUGGACCCGGACAGCCCGACCUGCGGGGUGGAGCCGUUCGAGAUCUACUGCGACAUGCAGGACUGCACAACAGGUGUGACCGUUAUCCACCAUGACAGCGAGGACAGGACGUUGGUCCAGGGUUGCGAAGAACCCGGAUGUUUCUCGCAGCAGAUAAACUACGAGAUUUCCAUGGCGCAGAUUCGGGCUCUCAUGGCGCGGUCCAGCAGCUGCGAACAGUACAUACGGUACGAGUGUUACGGCUCCGUGCUGUUGCAUGACGGUCAGAACGAGCCGUUCGGCUGGUGGGUGUCACGUGACGGCCAGAAGAUGACGUACUGGGGAGGGGCCGAGCCGGGCAGCAACAAGUGCGCAUGCGGAGAACAAGGUAACUGUGCGGGCGGGCAGAAGUCGUGUAACUGCGACAAGAACGACCUUGUCUGGCGGUCCGACGAGGGCAUGAUCCGCGACAUCGAGGCGCUGCCCGUCACGAGGCUGCACUUCGGAGACACCGGCGACUACGGCGGCGGCUCCACGGAGAAGGGCUACUUCACGUUAGGGCCGCUACGGUGCAGAGCUUAAGGUAGUUGUGUGAGCCGGCGGUCAGGUGUCCAGCCUGCCCGCUGUGACGUCAUAAUCAGACAACCCUGUACAGCAGCUCAUCUUCCCGCCAAAAAAAUCCUCCCGCCAAAAAAGUCGUCCCAUCCUGUCGUCUGUUCCUGUGUCUCCCACCUUCCCCCACCUUCCUGCAGAGUCCGUCUGGAGUCAUCCUGAGAUUGGAACCACGUUUGGACGUGAUCACGUUAGGCCAGGUUGAUGUGAUUAUGUGGAUGACAUCCUCUGGGUACCCCAAAACUGAUGCGCGCGUGCGAAUAAAAAAAAGUUUGGCCAAAACAAAAAAAAAGUUGCUUUCGUUAUGACAUCUACGUGGUCAUGAAGGUUGGUACGGCGAGUAAUCUACCCUUCAAAAUCAUUUCUUUACAGUUUCGUCUUUUCGUUUGAUUUUGCCAUUCUACGACAUUGGUAUCGUUUUUCAAUGUUUAUUUUUAUUUCAA